UGGUCCGGAGGCAGAGCCGGGCUUCCUGCACGCCCCCUUUGUGUGGAGCGCGGAGCGGGCGUGGCCGGGCCGUUCAUUUCCGCGCUGCCGGGCCCGGCGGGAGAGCGGCGGGGCGGCUCGGCACAAGGGCACGCCUGGCGGGCACGCCUGGCGGGCACGCCUGGCGCUUCGGCCGAGCUGACGCGGGGAGGAGGCUCCGGCAGCGCCGCCGUGUCCAUGGACUAGCCGAGGCAGCCGAGGGACCUACGCCGACCGCCGCCUCGCCCUCCGCCCAGCUCGGCGAAACUUAGCGAGCAGGCGCCUGCCGCGAGGCUGUGCCAUAGAAGAUGCACUAUUACCGAUAUUCUAAUGCAGAAGUCAGCUGUUGGUACAAAUACUUGCUCUUCAGCUACAACAUUGUCUUUUGGCUAGCUGGAGUGGCCUUCCUUGCAGCUGGUCUGUGGGCAUGGAGUGAAAAGGGUGUAUUGUCUGAUUUGACAAAGGUGACUGGUCUUCAUGGUCUGGACCCAGUGGUGCUUGUCUUAGUGGUGGGAAUAGUGAUGUUUACUUUGGGAUUUGCUGGUUGUGUGGGAGCACUGAGAGAAAACAUCUGCCUGCUGAAGUUUUUCUGUGGAACAAUUGUGUUUAUAUUCCUGUUGGAACUGGCAGUAGCAGUUAUGGCUUUCCUGUUCCAGGACUGGGUGAGGGACAGGGUGAAAGAAUUCUUUGAGAAUAACAUUAAAUCCUACCGAGAUGACAUUGACCUCCAGAACAUCAUUGAUUCACUACAGAGAAUUAACCAUUGCUGUGGUGCCCAAGGUCCAGAAGACUGGGACUUCAACAUCUACUUUGACUGCAAGAGUGAAAGCAAAAGUCGUGAGAAGUGCGGAGUUCCUUUUUCCUGUUGUAUACCCGAUCCUGCUCAAAAAGUUGUGAAUACACAGUGUGGCUAUGAUAUCAGAAAGAAGAGCAAAAGUCAAUGGGAUGAUCAGAUUUUUGUCAAAGGAUGUAUCCAUGCACUUGAAGCUUGGUUACCCCGAAAUAUCUACAUUGUUGCGGGUGUCUUCAUAGCUAUCUCACUGCUCCAGAUUUUUGGGAUUUUCCUGGCCAGGACAUUGAUUUCUGAUAUUGAAGCUGUAAAGGCAAGUAAUGCCUUCUGAAUAUGAAAGCAGACCCAUGUUGCAAGACAGUGUAGUGUUAGGAUGAUUGAUUGGACACCAAGGCAGAAGAAAUGCACAGACCAUGAAAUACUCCUGUUGUUAAAAGCCUUAUGUGGAUUUUUUCCCCUGCUCAUGGUUUUUGUUAAAAGCUGUUACAAAAAACAAUCACCAAACACAUGCUGUCUACCUUUUUUUCUGGCAAGACAACUCAGCGCACCAGCGUUGAUCUGAGGAAGAAAUGGAAUUUUCCAAGACACUGGCAGAGCAGAUUUUAAAGACUGUAGCAGGGAGCCAUGAAACUGCUGUAAACCCUUUCCUUGAAGGAUUGCUAAGAAGAUUGUUCUGUCUUCACUCCUGUCUUCUGUCUUAAAAUGUAAUCUUGUCAAAUGUCACAUGCUGUUUUCUUCAGAAACUUGCAAUCAUGUUAAUCUCUCCAGCAGACUUAUCCAGCCAUUUUUGGCAACAUAUCCAGCAACCAUAAUUGGAAAUUGGGAAAAAAAAAUCACAAAAUGUCUAGAUCUUUAGUUGAUUUUUGGUUGUGCAAAUCCCACGCUAUUUUGAAAAAUGCAAGCCAGCUCCCAGGAUGGGAAAAAUCUUGACUAUCUGUAGCAUUAAGUCUUACAAAUCUCCAUUUCAGGCAAGAGGGUGUAAAGCCCUGAUGCUGUUUCCUGUCUGAGAAAAAUGUAAAUAUUCUUUAUUUAUAGAAGAAAAACCUCUUUAAAAAUGCUUAUCCUUUCAAUGAUCAGUAAUAGCUUUAAAAAGUGCUGUCUGCAUACACUUGAGAAUGCAGCUUGUUUCAGUAGGUAGCAAGCAUGCAGUGCUAGCUGUUGAUGGCUUUUGUUAUUCCUCUAGUUUCUGUCACAACUGCUAUGUUUUCUUCACAAGUCUUAACUGCCACUACCAGGACUGAUGAAAGACUUACAAAUUCAGUGUUAAUCCGUACUGGAAUAUGUUUUUAAAUAGGGAAGUACAGAUUUAGCAAAAUAUUAUAAAGUUGUUGAAUUUUAAAAUCUUGUAUGAAGCUGUUGAGCCAUCAGUUCUGCCUGGUUCAUGGUUCAAGUGUGAAUCAAAAUGCAGUGAAGCAGAAUGAUUUCUUUAGUCAUUUUCUACGUGAAGCUGAACUAGUCCUUCUUAUGUCAGGGUUUUCAUUUUAAUCAAGAGAAAAGUAAACUCUUCUUCCAGUCCUCCCUUUGUGGGGAUUAGUAGAGGGAUCUGUAGGUCAGUAGGAGUUCCAGUCUCUUCUGUAAGACUUUGGUGUUGUAUCCUUAGCUGUAAGGUGAAAGUCUGUGGCUGAAGUGUUUUUGGAAGUAGCUGUAGCUGUCAGUCUUACUGUGGGCCAUAUAACUAACAUCAUUUACUGCUUCCAGUGACAUCAGAGUUUUCAGGGAGAGCAGGUUCACUUACAGUGCCUAACACAGUGUAAAUUUCAGAAAAGUAUCUAUUUUUAUAAUGAUAUUUUACUAUAUGUGGUGUGCCUGAAAGAUUUAAUACUUGUCUUUCUAAAGUAUAUGGCUUUCAUUGUAAGCCAAGCUUUUAAAUAUAUUAUGUUCUUUUCUCUAUUAUGCAUGUAUUAACGAACAUUUCACUGGCAAAAGAUGAUCAACAGUAAGAAUCUUUGUGUCUGGUGGAUUGUCCAGACAUCCUUCUAGCUUGUAAUCUUGAAGCACUUCAGACAGUGCUCAUGUGUACUUCAGCUUUCACAGUUCUUUUUCUGGCCAGUGAUUGAGACACAACAGGAAAAGGAAGUUUGUCUAAGGAUGGCUGAUUUCCUUACAGUAGCAGAGAAUAGUGUGCUAUUAACUCAUCUGAAAACCUGAAAAUAAAAUGGCUGGAAGCACACUGUGACUCUUUAAAUUUGGUAUACAGCAAGAAAACAAUAGCAGUAGAUCACUGAGGGGAGAGCAAGAGGCAUUUCUUCUGUAAAGCCGUGAAUUUGAGGUCUGUGUUACCUAUUUGUUGAAUCUGAUCCAUGAGGAGCAGCCAGAAAUGUGUGAUUGUACUUCAGCUUGGUAAGCAGCACAUCAGUGGCCAGUGAAUUUUGCUUUAAAUUCUGGUGCUUGAAACUUUGUAACACCUCAUCAGCCAAUUUACUUGGUUAAGGUUGUGUGAUAAUCUGAUGCAAGUAAAAUCGGAGAAGGCAGAUUCCUAUUUGGAAGUUUUUAGUCAUAAAACAUUGCCUUAAAAGCACCAGCUAGGGAGUACAUUUCCCUUUGCCAGUUUUUGACACAGCCAGCUCCUAAUGCUAGGAAGGAAUCCCAGCAAUUUGGUGAAAAUCGUUCUGGUGUCAAAGAUGGCUGUGGAGCUCAUGCACUGAAAUUAGCUGCUGACAAGAGCCAGCAUUACAGAUCACAAUUCCAGGGUCUGCAAAUCUUGCCAAGCUACCUGAAGACUAAUUAAUACUUGGGUUUUUUUGAAGUACUGUUUGUAUGCAAACCAGAAUUCAACUGAAGUAGUGUAUUUCCACACUUCAUUCCUAAUGGCUUUGGCCAUGUUAACACCAGCCUUUGUAUCAGUGUUUCACUUAUUUGGAACUGAAUUUGAGAGAAGUUCAACUUAUUUGAGUACCUUUAAAUUCAUAGAGUGAUUUGUCUUUCUUGCCACUGUGGAGAAACUUCUCUGUGCUUAUUCAGUAUAAUUUUGUAAAUCCUGGGGCUCUAGGUUGUUUUGCCCCUGUAUGUUCUGAAGUACACCCAUAUGUGGCUAAUGUAAUUUCAGACUUGUAAUGGGAACACUUUCUGCUUAGUUUUAUUUAGCACCUUCUCUGUGGACCUGCAGUGACUUCAUGGCUAAAGAUUUAGGUUAUGGUCUAAAAAAAGUCUUGUCAGCAAAAGCAGCUGGGUGUGAGCCUGCCUCUGAAGCCUCAAAGGAAAAUUAAUUCAGUGAUCUCACCAAGAGGUCUGAUACAUUGUUGAUGUUGAGAUUUCAGCGGUUGCAUUUUGAACAAAUUCACCAACACUACAGCGGAACCAAGAUUUUUCAUGAAGAUGUCAAAAGAGGUCUUGAAGAACUGGACUGAGAGAAGCAAACUUCAAUGUGAUCGCUUUUAUUUCUCAGAAAUGAGCACAACUUACUUCCGUUAAGCAAUGUAUGUAUGUGUCAGUGUGUUUGACAGUGCAGCUGCCUCUGGUGUUAUUGAUAUAACUGCAUUUGGACCCAGUUUCCCUGUACAUGAAGAGGAGGAUGAAUAUAAGCACUGAAAAAAGUGCAGUGACCAAAGGACCCUGGGUUGCCUUGUGAAAACCUGAAUGUUUCUUCCCAAAAGAUCUUUAGCUUUGGUGAGCUCAUGCAGUGCCAUGUGGACAGACUUGUUCUCCCAGUCGAUGGAGCUUGAUGUGGCCAUUGAUUUAUGUGUAGAAUUGCCUUGGGUUUUGUAUCCCCAUCCCAUCCUUCCCUCUUUUUUUCCCCUUACUGCCUGUGCAUUGUCAUGCAGCUUGAACAUUGUUCAGCCACUGGUAGGGGAGCUCCUGUCUCCUCUUCUGAGAUGGCUUUUCUGAGUGACUUUCAAUAUAUUUUUUUCUCAAGCCUUAAAUUUGAUUAAAUAAAAUUCAAUAUUUUCUAC